AUGUUUAGUCUUCGUUGGAGGAGUAGUCUAUCGGGAAACUUUGAGUCGUACAUUACCCAUUUCCUGUGAUAUAAUGUGAUUUUUGUUGGAAAGGAUUUGAAUCGGAUAUCGAGUAAUAUGGUUAAGCUGCCUUAGCGAAGACUGAUUCAUCGUUGUGGAUUAGAGUAUUGGAGUUUUCCUUACCAAGCGCGAAUUAACUGAAUCACGCGAGUAUGGCAGCUUUCAGGGUGCUAAGUGGAUUUGCGAUACUAGGACUAGUUUUGCUGCUGCAGUUGUCGGUUGGCCAAGAGCUGCAAGAUCUGUUGCAGGAGGGAAGUGGACUCGGUGAUGACAUCGGGAAACCGUCUCUAGUGGACGAUUACGUGAUCUGCCCUCCAGAUGAUGGAAUCAAUAGUAAUAAUGAUGAUUCAGAUCGCACAUUAGAAUCGACCGAUUAUUAUUCUUAUGACUAUUAUGAACCGCCGAAAAUCGCUGCCGAUGAUCAGGUGAUCACUAAGGAGAACGGUACAUUUAUAGAACUGGUAAAUGACGAUCUUCUCGAGGAUCCAUCGACGGAGCCUGACGAAGAAUUGACUGCAGUGGAAGAUGAAACAGCCUUGGAUGUAUCUGAAGACGAGGAAGCAAGUGGAGAUAUUGAAGUCUUGGACGGAUCUCUACAGUUAAUUAGAGCUCCAGAGAUUUACAACCUUCCGGCUUCGGAAACGCUUGAUAAUAAGUUUGCCGCGUAUACCGAUGAACAUCCGGAGGAAAUUGUACUGCUGUCUCCAAACUAUCCAGAACCAUAUCCCAACUCAGUCAACAGUUUCGAAGAAUACACUGUGACUGGAGGAAUUGGAGUUCAGAUCACCAUCCAUGACAUCGAUCUGGACCACACAUCCGACUUUCUGUACUUCCGAGGAGGUGCUGUCUCCGAUAAGGUAGAAAACGGACCGAUCCUCACAGGAAACAUCACGUCACCUUUACGGUUUCUCAUUCCACACACCACGACCUUCUCCGUCCAUUUUGUGUCCCAACAUGAUGCCUCUGCGAACCACACCCACAAAGGAUUCCGCUUGACGUACGCUCCGUUCGGUACCGUCGUAUCCCCAACUACCCCGUCAACGACGGAGAUGAUCGUCCCUCGGGAGGAGCUUCAGUGGAUUCGUCGAGAGGUCUCCAUCAGUCGCAGCAUGAUGGUUUCGGUUGAAACGUGGCCCACGGUGAAGGCAGCUUUGGCGAACGCAUCCAAUGCGUUUGUCGAAAAGUAUCAGCUCAAGUACAAACUUUGUCGACCGGAUGACAUUCGGAUUUUGGCGCAGAAGUGUCCGGAUACUUGGCCUGGUUACGAGGAGUGCGUCAGCUUGGAGUUUGCCGUUCCCUUGCGUCCGAUCGUGGUGAUCGAGGAGGAGUCCGAAGGAUUCGGUCUUGACCCGAAAAGAAAACUAGCGCUGGGAAAAGGUUUCAUACCGUUGACGACUACGGAAGAACCGGAAGCGGAAUAUCAGUUGGCCAAAGGUAAUCUGGAGCGCAUGUGGGACGAGUUCGGUGCAAUCGGCCUGGCCGAGGUUGGAAUUGAAGUGUACAAGAUGCCGGAGAACGCUGCGGUUUUGUUGAUCUGGAUUGCCAUCAGCGUGUGUAUUCUGGCGGCGUUCAUUUUUGUGCUGUACAGUAUUUGGAAGAUCGACUUCUUCAAGGAUUACCGAAGGAUCUCCAAGCUCAGCCGAGAGUCCCCGGACGAGGAUCGCAGCGAGCUCAAGAAAAAGGAAUUCGACAUUUCCAUGUUCCCGUCGCCUCACCAAAUUGUUCCGAGUCUGUUCCCGACUGGAGAUCCUUACGGUGAUCGCGCUGCUGAACCUCAGUAUGCCUACGACAACUCCACGAUGAAUCCAUGGGCCGAAGACGUUAAUGAUCCGACCUCAUUCGGUGGCAACCUCGCUCCGGCACCUCGUGGCCAUCAGCCUCCGAAGCAGCAGGUGUUCGAACCGCUUUCGCCGUUGGAGUAUUCACCGAGCAUCGUUGAUUUCAACGAAAUACCGGAAACUCGAUCGCCCAGAAGGAGCCGAAACAAUAAUCCCUUUCUACCGCCCAGCAGUGGAGGUGGCGCUCGGUAGAUGCGAUUCAUCCAGCUUCGUCGCGAUCGGGAUUGUUAAAUCGUGUGGUAUGUUAAUUAAAAACGAUUUGGUUUACUUUUUAUUCGGGUAUUCCUGUCGAUGGUUGAUGCCGAUUUCUUAGGUUCCAGAAUAUGGUGAUAUCACAUUAAAUAUACAACUUUGUAAAACAUGAUUGCA